CGUGUGCGUGCGUGCGGUGCGUUAGAACAGAAGGAAGAGCAGCAUAAAAAUAAACGAAGCAUAAGAAGAGGGCCGCUUUCUUCGGCUUCGUUGCUCCCCGUCACCCGCCCACCUCCUUCGUUAUUGCUCUUGGAAGAAGAGAGCACGAACCGCGUGGACCACUACCAACAGGAAGCAACACGGGCGCAAACGCGAACCAGCAGUCGAACGAGGGUGACGUACACGGGUGCGCGCGGACCCCACAGAACCCCGACCAGUGUACCAGUAACCAGCGGACGGUGAGGGAGGCGACGGUGGCGUGAAAUUUUCGCAAGACGUACACCUUCUUCGCAACCGAUUCCCGGAGCUGGGGCACAGCACAGCACAGCACAGCAUAACGGUGCGCGCGGGACACCGAGUUUUGCUCCGUCGCGCGCGUAGAAUCCGUGUUUAGGGGCGGGCUCCGGUAUAGGUGAUUCCGUUUUCGUUUCAUUCCGUGGUCGGUUACUCCGGAUCCCGAUUCCAGCACCACCAGAACGUGUGAGUGAGUGUGUGUGUUGUGCCGUUGUGGUGUUCCGACGCUUCCUGAAGCUGAAGCCACGACCAACGUUCGCUUUCAUGCAUUUUAUGCAGCGUCGAGAAACGAAAAUCGAUCCACGGGUGUUGUGCUCCCAUCAUCAUAAUCAUCAUCAGAAGCAGCAGCAGCACCAGCAGGCAUUCCACGAACAACGUCGCGGCCGACGUCGUCGAGGAGAAGAGCAUAACAACGGCGUAGAGUAGCGGCUGUGCGGUGGUACAAGAAAGAGCAACUCAUUCGUUGGUUGCUGCUGCGGUUGGUUGGAUGCCGGUCAGCUGUUGUGGGAAUACCGCAUCAUACAACACCAUCACCGCCGCCAACACUGCUACGGCUACCGCAAGCAUACACACCUCUGCAUCCUGCCCGCCAGCAACCGGGCAUGAUGAGUAACAACUCUUCCAGCAACAUCAACAACAAUAACAACAACAACAAUAAUAACGAGAACAACAACAGCAGCAGUCUAAAGAGCAGCAGCAGCAGCAGCCGCACUACUGGCCGCAAAAUCAAUACAAUCAGUAACAACAGCAACGCUGUCAACAAAAAGCACACCAACAGCGGCAGCGGCAGCGGCAGCGCCAGCGGCGGCAGCAGCAGCUACACGACGCUACACUCUGCCCCGGGGGGGCCGACGGGGGGAGGCAAAAGCCACGGGACGACCACCAUGCCGGGCGCUACGUCGCGUCGCGUGGCGAAACGCAAAGCAUCGACAGUGAAUAUCGCACCAAUAGCGAUGAGGAAACGGCGCAAGAUCCAGCAUCUGCCGAAACCGGGCGAUGCCCGCCAGGAGCAGGUGCCGCAGACGAAGAACACUGUCGCCGUGCUGAACGAGCUGAAGCGCAACCUGGUGUACAAUGUGGAGUCGCAGACGGGGCCGGUGCACGCACCACUCUUCACGAUCUCCGUGGUGGUCGAUGGUCAAAAGUUCGUCGGGACCGGGCCGAGCAAAAAGCUGGCCAGGGUAGCGGCGGCUGCCUCGGCGCUACGCAGUUUCAUCCAGUUCAAGGAUGGUGCCACGCUUACGCCGAUAGAGCCGCUGCAGAACGUCGACUUUACCAGCGACGAUCCGAUGAUCGAGAACAGUAUCUUUCCGCUCUCGGACACGGUACCGGGUGGAGCCGGUAUGGGCGCCCUGCACGAACCACUGUCGCUCACCAUCAACGGCAUGGCGCCCGUGGAUGCUGCUGGUUCUGCUGGUCCUGCUGCUGUUGGUGGUGGUACUGCCACCGGCGCUGCCGCGAUCACUGCUAACUCGUCCAGCAAUAGCAACAAAUACUGCAGCAACAGCACUGGCGGCAGCAGUGCCAGCAGUAGCAGUAGCUGCAGCAUCAGCAAUACCAGUAGCAGCGCCACCAGUAAUAACAACAGUGUCAGCGCGCAGUAUACUAUCGCUUCCAGUAGUAGCGGCCGAGGCAGCCAAGCCAAGCACCACCGCCAAAGUAAUGCCGAAACGACGACGACGCCGCAUGCCCUUGCCCACGGUAAGGGUGGAGUGCGUACUGGCACGGCCGGAGGAAGUGGUGGCAACAACGGUAGCUUGUUGAGGCCCGGCCCUGAAGAGGCCACCAGGGACGCACUAGCGUCGGCCGGUGGGGAGAAAAUCGUUUCGGCCCCGCAACACCAACAGGUACCAGCGGCGGCGGUUGCGAGCCACGGCUGUGCCGAGCCGACGGGUCGACUGAUUUCGGCCAUUCCCGGAGCAGCAGCAGCAGCAGCAGCAACAACAGCAGCAGCCCCAGCAGCAGUUGCAGCUUCCAGUUUAACAUCCAACAUAACCGGAGCCAAUCACGUCGCCAAACUCGAUCAGUGUAUCAACGACAGAAUCACUGUCACCGCUGCCAUCGAUACAACUGACCCUAAUACGUCCAAUGCUGCCGCUGCUGCCGACGUCGCUGUAAUCACCUUUCCAAGCACCAUUACCAGCGCCACCACGAUCAGUGUUAACUC